AAGGGAGGUGAAGAUGGAGGGUAUGCUGCCCGUGCUGCAGCAGUACCCUGGCCUCUCCAUUCUCACGUUCUCUCUCUUGUUCAGGGUGGUCCAUCGCCUGUUGCACAGUCUGCCCCUACCCAAAGGGCUGCAGCACGACGAGUUUCGCGCCUGGAAGUGGAGGAACCUCUCUGUUUCUCUGGUCCACUCUCUGCUCACUGGAACCUGGGCAGUGACCUGUGUGAUCCUGCGGCCUGAGUUGUUGAAUAACCUCCACUCCUACUACACUCCAGUCUCCUACCUGCUCAUCUGUGUCUCCUCAGGGUACUUUGUACAAGAUGCAGGUGACAUUAUUUUGACUGGCCAUGCUUGGGGAUCAUGGGAAUUCUUGCUUCAUCAUGCUCUGGUGAUCUGGUGUUUCUUGUACGCUCUGUACACUCAGCGAUACGUGGCGGGGGCCGUGAUCGCUCUCUUCGUGGAAGUCAACAGCGUAACCCUCCACACCCGUCUCAUGCUCAAACUAGCCGGGGCCCAGUCCUCCUCACUCUAUCGCAUUAACAAAGUCCUCAACCUCCUCACCUACGUCUGUUUCCGCCUCAGUGCCCAGUUCUACAUCACCUGGUACAUCAUCCGGAACUACUCGUGGCUGGACCACGGUGGUUAUUUCCUCGCGAGCAUGAUCCUCAUAAACGUCAUGAUCCUCGUCUACUUCUACCGCCUCCUUCGCUCUGACUUCUUCCCUCGUAGCAAAUCUCACCUCAGCCAAAACGGCACGCACAACAACAACUCCACAAAGUUCCUCAAUGACUGA